AUAGCAGUACUGGUGAAGUAAAUCUAUCAUGUAAGGGUUCACGCAAAACUUUCACUUGUGUAACACAAAACAUUUACUCUAUCUUUGUUUGCGGCAAACUAAAAUCAUUCGUAAUUUUAUGAACAACCUGCUGACGCACUGGCCAUGAAAUUCAUGAAAUCCAUAGUAUCGUCACGUCGCCCUCUAUCCUCUCGCUGAUUGUGUAUGCCGAAGUGAGACGGCUGACGCUCAGGUGUACGGAUUGGAUGAUGAUUGGGCAGAGGAAUACCUUCAACCAUCCUGAUCGCCCACCAUUGCCCUCUCGCCUCUUGCCUCCCGCUGCCCUCACGUCUCUCGCCGCACGCGGCACCGGCACAGGACUCCACUCUCCCUCUAUCACCGCCACCAAGGAGCUGAUUGGCAUCAUCUGUAUGGCCUGUGCGGCACCAGCGUGGACCAAAGGCACUCACUGGUUCCUGUUCGUGGUGGUAACAGCCUUCGUCUCAACUUCUCUGUGGUGCUUCAUCUACCUCCUUAACCUGAAGAGCGCCAUCAACCUGCCAAUCGAUUGGCUCCUCACUAAUGAGUCAAAUCUGAAGACUGCUGGGAUCUCUAUCUUGUAUCUAACUAACACACAAUCUCUACAAGAAUUCAUUCUAACAGCUACCUUUGCCGUGCUUUACAUAAUAGCUAGCAUUGUCCAGUUAAUCAGCACUGUUACAAAACCCCGACCACCAAGACGGCUAAAACCCUUCUACCUGAUGUCAGGGGAGCUGCUCAAUACCGCCAUUACCACUCUGCUCUAUCUCAUUGCCGUCAUUGUGCAGUUCUGCAGUAUCGGGCCAGCUGCAGACAGAAACAUCACAGCAGGGGUCUUUGGUGUGUUCAAUAUGCUGACCUAUGCAGUUGGCUCCUUCUAUUUGUACCGUGACUGGAAGGACUCGCAUCCUCACACAGCCUUCACUGGUUCCGUCCUCAAACGCAACCCAUAGGUUUCUUGUGAGGUCUUCCCCACCCCCUCCAGUGUUCGCUCUCAGCCGGGAGCUGCCAGAAACCUGCCGGCCCAGUCCCCAGCCCUCUCCUGCUUCUGAGUCUGAGAAGAGUAGAAGGACUGCCAAGAAUGAAUCAAUUAUUUUAUUACUUUGAGAAAUUAGAAUUACUGUAAAUCUCAAUAGGAAGAUAUCUUGAUGUUUACUAUUUUACAAAGCAGUAAAACCUGUAAUUUAAAUGCACACAAUUAGAGUAUAGACAUUGACUUAUAAAUGAUUAGUGAUUUUCAUAUAAAUGCAAUUAAAUUAUGACUGACCCUGGACAAUUGAGUCCAACUCCACAAACAGUACAAGGCACAGAGGGAAACAUUCUUCCAUUUUGUGUGUAUUGUCAGAAAGGCUUUCCUUUAUAUAUCAUGCUUCACUUAACCAUACAGAAGACUAACAAUCCCUAGUCGUUGUAAAGAUGUUCAAAUUAAUUAUUUACAGUAUAAAAGUUAGAAUUAAAACAGAUUUUCUGAAAAAAAAAACUUAUACAAUAUAUAUUGGGAAAUGAAAGAAUCAACCCUCAUAAGUACCUAUACUUACAGGUUCUUUGGGGCUCAAUUAUAGUAAUCAGAUAACUGUAGUUAGCUGUCAAGUUGUCGUGACUACAUAUAGGCUUUAAUGUAUAUUUAGAAAGACAAAUAAUUAUAACUUACAAGUAAGGUAAGAUAAUUAUUUCCUCCUGAGACCAAUCAUCAAGCAUGACUUUCAAAGUCAUCUCUGUGCACACCAUGUACAGCAAAGAUAAAUGCCUUUCAGAUUGAAAGGUGUUUAUAUUAUAUUUAUGAGAUCGACCCAUACAGCAAGGCACAAUAUUGUUAAUCACAAUAAAUGUGUGACAUUUAAUUUUCAUAUUUCAGUUACAGUCUAUAUGGAUGAUGUUUGUCAUGUGUGCUAGAGAAUAUGCUUCAGCAUUACUAUAACUUCAGGACCAGAAAAAAAAAAAAACCCACUGCCAAUAUUUUUUUGCAGUCCCUCCCUUACAUUUGUAGUAGUAGUGCCAAGGAAAUGUGACAUUUCAUUUAUGAAUGGGUAUUGAGCAGCCUACAAGUGUUUUGAGUGGUAGGGGACAAUUGUGGUUUUGCAUUUAUGGAUAUGCUGAUUAACGAACAAUGUAAAUUAUUACUGAUUCACCAGUGGCCAUUAACUGAGAAUAAUAAUAGCUGUCAUAGUGAUAAGAUGAUCAGCUUUGCUAAGUGUUGUUCUGUUGACAUAACAAAACUGGCUUUCAUUUCUUAAUGAGGACAUUGAACAUAUACUGCCAAAUCACCUUAUUAGAGGUUAGAUAGCAUGUAGUACUUUACCUUGGGUAACAAUUGCAAGUUGCACAUAUCAUAGUAAUUUGAGCAGUAAUGCAACUACACUAUCAAGAUAUGCCAAGGUGCAACACAAAUUUAAUAUCCACUACUUGAGAACAUUGGUCCCCCCCAAAGAAAAAAGGAAAUAAAAAAUCUGAUUGUUAAGUGCAACACAACAAUAAUCUGAACAUGAACAUGACAAUACACAAUAGUAUCACUAUGGCAUAUAUUAUAAUCUGCAUACAAACAAGAACAGACUGUUUAAAACCUGGCAUGGCUGCUGGCUAACUUCUCAGUGCUGUUUAACAGGUCUCAUGACUAUAGUUGACACAAUUGUUUUGUGAUUAAAAUGUGAUCAACAGUUUUGUAAAUAACUUAAUUGUAUAGAGUAUGGUAUGGUUUAUACAUGGACCUUCUGCAUUUCUCUUGCCAUGCACAAUGAAUAUAAAUAUUGCAUUAUUUUGGCUAUGAAAUGAUUCAUUGUGUACAGUCAUUUACACACAGUGUAUAAAUAUUAGUUGUACAGGAUGAAAUCCUCCUGUAAUAGGCAUGAUAUGAAGUUGUGCUGUUAGUUUUGUCUUGAAGUGGACUGUACUUGUUUGAGGAGUCCCAAUACAGUACAUAUGUCACAGUAUGUAAGCAAGAAACUUGCAAGGCAUGGAAAGUUUGUAAGUUGUGUUUCAAAAGUAAUUAAACAUUAAUUACCUGUGUUCAUCGCUUAAAUAUGUUAAAUAAAGGUUUUUGUAAUAAA